UUAGCCUAGCUGAGCACUGCCAACCAGCAAGGGCCAGAGCUGGGCUCCUGCCAUUUCAGGGCAAGCAGCAGGCUGGUGGUGCCAGCGUCAUAAUGGGCAGCAGUGAGCUCUGGCCUCUUACGGUUGUGUCACCGUGGCAACGUUUAUGAUGCGGCUACCCUAGAGGGGUAUAAGGGCGGUGUGCAGUGGUGGGUCCUGGUUCCUGAAGGAGCAUCCAGCGGAGAGCUGGUGCAUCUGGAAGGGAUGAGUUCCCACACGGCUGUUGCCAGUGCGGAGCACCCUGCCGGUAUGAAGCGGACCAAGAUCAAUUUCUGGAAGGAUGGCCCCACAACAGAGCGUGACUACAAGAUGCCAGAGGUCACUGCCAAAGGUACAUGGGUCCGCAGCCACCACAGGAGCAGAGCUGCUACCAGGUCCUGGCACUGAGCGGGCGAGACCCAGCACAGGGACCAUCUCAGGGCUGUCUCCAUUUGAGGCUGGGGACAGUGACAACGCUUCUCAUCUGCCACCUCCCUCCCACUGCGAGGCAGUAGGAGCACCGGGAAGCGGCAGAGGCAGAGAGUGUGACCUGCUUUUCCUUUGCCCUCCAGAGCGUGUUGCUGUCUGGGAUGCAGUGGCCGUCUACGUACAACAGCAGCUCCUGCUACGCAAGGGGGUUCGAAUUCCCACCUUCGGUUCCUUCAGCGUUGUCGCCGAACGGAUUGAGGCUGAGGAUGGAACCAUGAUCGUACAGUGGCCUGCGUUUUGCCUGGCCAGGAGCCUUGCAGACAUCCGUAACCUCACGGAUAACAAGGAAUAUCUGCCAGGCCAUAAGGAGGUGGAGCCCCUCAAAUUCUCUGAGGUGGCCGCAGCCGCAUCUGUGACCUGGCAGACAGGGAAGGCCUGCGUAUUUGGCACCACAUCCCUCAUCUCCCACUGCCUGAAGAAGGGGGAGAAUAUUGCCUUUGUCCUGAAGGACAUAGGAGUGCUUGUCAUUGAAGGAACGAGAGUUCAAAUGAAGUUCUACUACGACUUCCUGGAGAGGAUCAGCGGGAAAGAGAACCUAGAAAAAGUUGUUUUCAAGGUCCCCUGGCUCCUGGACACGGUGGUGUCCCGGGUGGCACCUGUAGCCUCCCUGACCUCCUCUGGCCGAGUCAUCGUCUUUCCCAAGUUUCGACGGGAGUUUGUACCCAAACCACCGCCCGGGAAACCCCGCAAGGCCUCAGAAGUCCCUUUGCCACCUCCUGGCCGGGGCAAGAAAGGUAAAGCAGCUGCCAGCUCCUCUCCAUACCACACGCAACCAACGUGCGAUGGGGAAAUCCCCAGCCCAUGAUCACCCAAAGGCUCGGCACAGCCUCUUCUCCUGACAACAUGUUGUCCUCAUGAAAUCUAAGACG